AUGGCUUGGCCUUUGAUUGCCUCACUGUGCUCGAGGUAUUGCCAACCUACCUACAAUACAUCUUGUGUGCCCGCCACGUACGUCCCCAUGCCGACUCGUCAUUCCCAUAAGCUUCGUACCUACCCAGAAAUUUACCUCUGGAACUUGUCCCUGCCUUCAUCAAUCUUUUCUCGAUCGUCUGGGUCCAUUCUCCGCCCCCCCUUCUGGACAAACUUCUUGUCCUGGGACCUCGACGCACCCAACAGAUCGUCGAGUCUUCCUUCAGUAUCGGUAUCGCCCAGUAAGCCACACUCUCUCUGUAUUGCUGCUGGUACUAAUCAAGAAAAGGGCGUUGUUGAGUUGGCGCCUUCCGCUGCCUGGCUCGAGCCGGAGAGCCCUGCCAACUUCCGACUUCCUGCCUCUUUUCAAUCUGCAACGCCUCUUUUCCGUCCAGUGUACACCUUUGUCGACUAUACACCUCCUCUACCCCCUGGUCGAAAUCCCGUGGCGCCUCGCAGGAACAUCGCCUCCAUCCGGACCCCAGUCGCCAUCGACAGCUCGCGCUUUUUGUCCAUGCAGCCUCCACUUCGACCGUUCUCGUCCGUGUAA